GUGUGUUUCGUUCCUAGAGUGUCUCGAGUUUUGCUGGUUAGCCACUGAGGAUUACAAAUUUUCCACCAUAAAAUGUUAACGCCUCGGAUACUAAGAAUAGCGAUAGUGCUAUGCAUCCUCAUUGCGAUCUUCUCCCAAGCGACAGAUAGUGCGCAAACAAAACGAAGAAUAAGGCGACCCACCAACCUAAAGUCGUCCGUAGCAAAACCAGAAGAUAAUCAAAUCCCCACGAAAAAGGCACAGGAUCGAUCGGAUCAAGCGCCCGCCUCGGCAACAAAUCGAUUCCGAGUGCGCACGAAAACGCGUGGCUCUGUGGCAGCUGGAGCGGCCGGUACUGCCGUAGUAGCAGGCGCUGCCACAUCCGCACUUAUUUCCAAGAAGGCUCAGGUCGACAGUGAUGGCUACAAGAUCGUCUGCUACUACACCAACUGGUCGCAGUACCGUACCAAGCUCGGUAAGUUCGUCCCGGAGGACAUACCGGCCGAUCUCUGCACCCACAUCAUAUUCGCCUUCGGUUGGUUGAAAAAGGGCAAACUCAGUUCGUUCGAAAGCAACGAUGAGACGAAGGACGGCAAAACGGGCCUGUACGAACGCAUGAUGACGCUGAAGAAGGCAAACCCCAAACUGAAGGUUCUGCUCGCGAUCGGUGGCUGGUCGUUCGGUACGCAAAAGUUCAAGGAAAUGUCGGCCACCCGAUACGCUCGGCAGACCUUCAUCUACUCGGCCAUCCCGUUCCUGCGGCAGCGUGGAUUCGAUGGUCUCGAUAUGGACUGGGAGUACCCGAAGGGUGGUGACGAUAAGAAGAACUUUGUCCUGUUGCUCAAGGAGCUGAAGGAAGCGUUCGAUGCCGAAUCGCAAGAAAUCCGUCAGCCACGGCUGCUUCUAACAGCGGCCGUCCCAGUCGGUCCAGAUAAUGUACGCGGUGGAUACGAUGUGCCGGCUGUCGCAAGCUAUCUCGACUUUAUCAACCUGAUGGCGUACGAUUUCCACGGCAAAUGGGAACGUGAAACGGGACAUAAUGCUCCCCUGUACGCACCUUCGUCGGAUAGUGAGUGGCGUAAGCAGCUUUCGGUAGACUAUGCCGCUAACCUGUGGGUGAAGUUGGGCGCUCCGAAAGAGAAGCUGGUCAUCGGUAUGCCUACUUAUGGCCGUUCGUUUACGCUGUCCAACACGGACCGAUACAAGGUCAACUCUCCUGCUAGCGGCGGCGGUAAGGCCGGCGAGUACACGAAGGAGUCCGGAUUCUUGGCUUACUAUGAAAUCUGCGAAAUGCUACUGAACGGUGCGGUUUACAUUUGGGACGAUGAGAUGAAGGUGCCGUACAUGGUGGACGGUGAUCAGUGGGUUGGAUUCGAUGAUGAGCGUGCCAUCCGUAACAAGAUGAGCUGGAUCAAAACAAACGGAUUCGGUGGUGCCAUGGUGUGGACGGUCGAUAUGGACGACUUCUCCGGUACGGUGUGCGGUGGAAACGUCAAAUAUCCGUUGAUCGGUGCAAUGCGUGAAGAGCUGCGUGGAGUAAGCCGUGGAAAGGAAGCGAAGGAUGUCGACUGGUCGUCUGUGGCUGCUACUAUUGUGGAGAAGGAAGUUGAAAAGCCGGCUCCGAUCAAAAUCUCCGUCUCAGAACUGCUCUCAAAGGUCCAGAAACCUCAGAAGAAGAUCAUCAAGCAGGGUCUUGCCACGGUGGAAAAGAACUCACGACCAGCCCAAGUGUUCUGUUACUUGACGAGCUGGUCAGUGAAACGCCCAGGAGCCGGAAAGUUCGAACCGAAGGACGUUGAUGCGACCCUCUGCACACACAUCGUGUACGCCUUUGCCACACUCAAGGACCAUAAGCUAACCGAAGCGAACGAGAACGAUCCGGACAUGUACGAUGAAGUAAUCGCCCUGCGCGAGAAGAACCCCGACCUGCAGAUCCUGCUUGCCAUCGGUGGAUGGGCGUUCGGUUCCACCCCAUUCAAAGAGCUUACCUCGAACGUAUUCCGCAUGAACCAGUUCGUGUACGAAGCGAUCGAAUUCCUGCGCGAAUACCAGUUCAACGGGCUCGAUGUUGACUGGGAAUAUCCUCGUGGUGCUGACGAUCGUAAGGCGUACGUUGAUCUGCUCCGCGAGCUGCGUGUUGCUUUCGAAGGUGAAGCAAAGACAUCGGGACAGCCUCGCCUCCUGCUGACUGCUGCCGUCCCCGCAUCCUUUGAAGCGAUCGCGGCUGGAUAUGAUGUGCCGGAGAUUUCCAAAUAUCUCGACUUCAUUAACGUCAUGACGUACGAUUUCCACGGACAGUGGGAACGUCAAGUGGGACACAAUUCGCCUCUAUUCCCACUUGAUUCUGCUUCGAACUAUCAGAAGAAGCUCACCGUAGACUACAGUGCCCGCGAAUGGGUGAAGCAGGGUGCACCGAAGGAAAAACUGCUGAUCGGUAUGCCCACGUACGGUCGAUCGUUUACGCUCGUCAACCAGACGCAGUUCGAUAUUGGUGCACCGGCGUCCGGUGGUGGUUUGCCAGGCAAGUUCACUAACGAGGCCGGUUUUCUGAGUUACUACGAAAUCUGCGCAUUCCUCGGUGUGGACAAUACGACGCUCGUGUGGGAUUCGGAGCAACAGGUGCCAUUCGCUUACCGUAAGGACCAGUGGGUCGGUUUCGAUGAUGAACGAUCGCUCAAAACGAAGAUGGAAUGGCUCAAGGAGGAAGGCUUCGGUGGCAUUAUGGUGUGGUCGAUCGAUAUGGAUGAUUUCUCGGGUCGCUGCGGAAGCGGCAAAUACCCACUGCUGAACGUACUUACCAGCGAGCUGAAGGACUACAAGGUGCAGCUGGAAUACGAUGGCCCGUACGAGUCCUAUGGACCACGUGGUGCCUACACGACAAAGGAUCCGAAUGAGGUGACCUGCGCUGAGGAGGAUGGUCAUAUCAGCUACCAUCCGGAUAAGGCCGACUGUACACACUAUUUCAUGUGUGAGGGAGAACGCAAACAUCAUAUGCCAUGCCCGGCCAACCUGGUCUUCAACCCGAACGAGAACGUUUGCGAUUGGCCCGAAAAUGUGGAAGGAUGUCAGCACCACACGCAAGCACCGGCGGCCAAGUAG